GCGGUUAGCACGAAAUGGUCACACUAUCGCGCACAUGUUUUUGUUGACAAACCAAACCGCAAAAUGUCUCGAAAGAAGUGGUCUUCGCUGGACAAACCACCCCUCUCGGAUGCAGUGCUGCAAGUGGUGCAGAGCUUCGGCUUCCAGCAGAUGACGCCCGUCCAGACGGCUGCCAUUCCGCUGCUCCUGGCCCGGAAGGAUGUCUCAGCGGAGGCUGUUACUGGUAGUGGUAAAACACUAGCCUUCCUUGUGCCCAUGCUAGAAAUCCUGCAAAGACGGCACAAGGAGACGCCGUGGGGCCCCAAGGAAAUAGGGGCCCUCAUCAUCUCACCAACCCGGGAACUGGCGCGCCAAAUCUCCGAGGUCCUAGCCCAGUUUCUGGAACACGAAGACUUGGAGCACCUGAAUCAACAGUUGAUUGUAGGUGGCAACAGCAUAGAAGAGGACAUUGCCACGCUGCGUAAGGAAACGCCCUGUAUACUGGUGUGCACACCCGGUCGGCUGGAGGAUCUAUUUCAGCGCAAAGGAGAUGAUCUAAAUCUGGCGGCUCGAGUGAAAAGUUUGGAGUUUCUCGUCUUAGACGAAGCUGACCGCCUGCUGGACUUGGGCUUCAAAACUAGUGUGAAUAACAUACUGGGCUAUCUGCCCCGUCAACGUCGAACUGGGCUCUUUUCCGCCACACAGACGACCGAGGUUACGGACUUAAUCCGUGCGGGCUUGAGAAAUCCUGUGCUCGUAUCAGUCAAAGAGAAGGCAUCCGUAAACACUCCAGCCCGCCUGCAGAACUUCUACAGGAUUGUCGAGCCAGAACUAAAGUUUGUGGCCCUGCUGGAGUUCCUCAGUUCACCCGCCACCGAUAGUGGAAAGGUAAUGGUCUUUUUCCCCACCUGCGCCUGUGUGGAGUAUUGGGCUGAGGCCCUGCCGCCUCUUUUGCCCAAACGCACAGUGCUAGGAAUCCACGGAAAGAUGAAAAACAAGAGAGCCAAUGUGGUGGAGAAGUUUCGGAACACUCCACAGGCCGUACUCCUCUGCACAGAUGUCCUCGCACGCGGUUUGGAUGUACCUGAGAUCGAGUGGGUAGUGCAGUGGGAUCCACCAUCAACUGCCUCCAGCUUUGUACACCGUGUCGGCCGCACUGCUCGGCAGGGAAACGAAGGCAACGCCCUGGUGUUUCUCCUGCCCAGCGAGGAUGCCUAUGUGCACUUCCUGAAGAUCAACCAGAAAGUGGAGCUAACUGAACUGCUAAGCGAGGAGGCUGAGGAUGCAGAUCGUGAAAAGAAGAAGCUACCAGCCGUCUUAGAUCAACUCCAUCGGCUGCAGGCGGCCGACAAGGGCGUCUAUGACAAAGGCAUGCGCGCUUUUGUUUCCCAUGUUAGAGCAUACACCAAACACGAAUGCAGCGCUAUUCUGCGACUAAAGGAUCUGGAUCUGGGCAAGAUGGCCACUGCUUACGGUCUCCUGCAACUGCCACGCAUGCCGGAGCUAAAGAACUACCAGGGCGGCGGCUACGUGGCGCCUACUUUUGAAGUGGACCUAACCAAGCUUACCUACAAAAACGCCCAGAAAGAGCAAGUCCGGCAAAAGAAAAUGGAAACUUACGAGCAAACGGGAAGCUGGCCGGGCCAACAGCAGCACAAAAAGCGUGUUGAGUCCUGGGAUCAGACCAAGAAGGCAAAACUGGAUGCCAAGUCUAAGAAGGAGCUGCGCAAGGCGAAGAAGCAGCGAAAGAAAGCGGCAGAGGCGGAGGCGGGCGGGUCCGGGAAGGGAAAAAAGAGGCAGCAGUUCAGCCAGGAGGACCUCGAUGAACUAGCCAGCGAUAUUCGGCUCUUCAAGCGGCUGAAAAAGAACAAGAUCAGCGAGGAAGAUUUCGACAAGGCCAUGGGCAUCGAAGGGGACAAUGAUUGACAUGCUCUUGGGCUGAUUUGUAUGCACAAUAAAAAUAUAAUAAUUUCAAUUUAAA